GGUGCGCUGGGACCGGAAGGGGCGGGUGAUGCUGGCCCAGUUGGUGGACGCCGGCGCAGGGAGACCCCUCAACUGCCUGGAAUCCGUCUGCCCGCCCCACUCGGGAGACCCCGCAGGCCUGGGGCGCCAGAGCUCUGGCACACAGCUGUCUGCGGGGCAGAUCCCGAGGCUCGGCCGUGCAGCGGGCGCACGCGCACGGUGCGGUGGGCGAGCUCUGCCCCUCAGCCAGCCCCGAGCGCAGGGCGGUGUCUGCAGGGGAGGAGGCCUCUGAAGUUGUGUCAGGGUCCGACCUGGCGAGCUCUGAGCUCCUGGUGCUGUGUGGAAGGGUGCUGCCCGCACAACCCUGGGGCGUCCACCCUGGGGCGGCAGGGGCGCUGGUUGCAGCCCCAGUCGCUACAGCUGUUUUGUGACAUGCGAGUUGACUCAUCUCGGGUCAAGGAACUGAAGAUCAACUCCAGGCAGGACAAGCACACCUGUGUCCCCUGGAAUGCCGAGGGAGUGGGUCUUGUGGUCCCUACAGAGAAACACCUGUUAAGCUUGGCUCCUCACUCACCGUCGGAAACCAGAGAUGGCGGAAUUAACAUCUGGCAACAAAAAGAGGGUUCUUCCACCCUGGAUGACGGUCCAGGUGGCUGAAAAGAAGAAGGUGCCAGCACAGACCCCAAAGAGGAGAAGGAUGGCAGCAGCACCAGCUGGGAUGGCAGCCAGACCUGUCUCGAGGACUGUGUACUGCAUGAAUGAGGCUGAAAUGGUGGCUGUGGCUCUGGGGAUCCUGAUCGAGGACCGCAAACGGGAAAAGCCCUGGCAGCUGCCAUCUCUGGCGGAUACCCAGGAGCCCGAGGCCUCCUCCCUCUCCCCUCACACAAGCUCUGGAAGCAGCGAUGAAGAGGACGGAGGGAGCGACGCCCCUACCCCAGGCCUCGGCCCUGCCCACGGCGAGGGCAGCAGCGGUCCCGAGGAGGAGAAAGAAGAUGCUUUCAAAUAUGUUCGGGAGAUAUUUUUCAGCUAAGGGCUGAAUUGCCCUGUGGGCUGCCCCAGUGGGCACCAGAGGCCCCAUGUCCUAGCUUGGUGUUUCCCUCCUGGGGUCUUGUAAACUAACCUUGGUCCAGGAGCCCCUGUGGAGGGUGUGGGAGUGAGGACUUGAACCCAGUUCCCCAAAGACUUCCCCCACCAUGUGGAAAUUCCAGUGGUUUUAUUCAGUGGCCAGGCUCCAGGGAAAAUGAGCUGAUGGGGUCCAAAGAGUUUUCCAAGAAAAGUAUUGCUUGUAAGUCACCCGGGAUGUUUAGCCUGUAUCAGCUGGUUUCCAGCACGGGACUCCAGCUGCCCACCGGGCUCUGUGCCCGUCAUGCCAUCCUUUUCAGGGUGCAGGCUUCAGGAGCUGUAACAGGAGUGCAGACAGGCCCACGGAGGAGAUGGGACAGUCAUGGCAGUGUUCCCGUUGCUACCUCUGUAUUCAGACAAAAAUUAAGUCAUCGUCUUGCAGUUUUCCCAAUAGACCAGUGCUGGGAAA